GGCUAAGACUACGGUUAUUGCGGUAUUUUAAGUAAAUAUUUAUAUUCCUGUUAUAUACUUUACUGCGGAUUUGGAUGUAAAUCCAGUUGGUUUUAUUUGGUGACUACGAAUCGAGAAAUGGGCAUAGCUGUGAGAGACAGGGUCAGAAUUGUGUAAUAGCGAGUGUUUAAUAGUGAUGAAUUUAAAGGGCGGCGGAAACAGGAAAUCCGACUGAGAUGUACGGUAGUUGAGCCGUAGUUGGGUUUAUGAUAAGUGAGGACAGCAGACGAGACAGUUUGAAAGAGAAACGGGGCUCGCUGCUACCGCACGUGAGGCGAUCCCUUAAUUAUAAUUAACGCAAAUACAUAGUAAAAGAUUUAUUGUGGCGGUACUGCACUGCGCGCUCAGAAUUUAAUAAUCAGAUAAGGACUGCGGUAUUAAUCAUCAACAGUUAUCUGUACAUUAACAGAAUUAUUGUCUUGUUUUCUAUUCAUUAUAAAACACGGCGGAAGGCACACAUCUUGUUUUUGUUCUCUUUUGACACUGUUUAAAUUAAGUAAGUUGGGGUUUGAAGAACAGCCAGGUCUGAAAUAUCUGAACAUCGGAAUCUGAAAUAUAUCUGAAAUGACCGGAAAAUCGGUGAAAGACGUGGACCGAUACCAAGCUGUACUCACUUCGCUGCUUUCGCUGGAGGAGAAUAAAUUCUGCGCCGAUUGCCUUGCAAAAGGCCCCAGAUGGGCCUCAUGGAACCUGGGGGUCUUCAUUUGUAUCCGCUGUGCUGGAAUCCACCGGAACCUAGGAGUCCACAUAUCACGGGUGAAGUCUGUGAACUUGGACCAGUGGACCCAGGAGCAGAUUCAGUGUGUCCAGGAGAUGGGAAAUGCUAAAGCCCGACGUCUCUACGAGGCCUUUCUGCCAGCCUGCUUCCAGCGGCCCGAGACUGACCAAUCUGCUGAGGUCUUCAUCCGUGACAAGUACGAUAAGAAGAAGUACGUGGAUAAGUGCCUCGACGUCCAGGCGCUCAGGAAGGAGAAGUCUAGUAACUCCAUAGUCAAAGAGGCGCCAGUUGUGUUUGAGAAGAUGAAAUUGAAAAGGGAUGAUUCCCAGCAGCUGAAGCCCAGUCCCACAAAGCCUGCUCACAUCACAGCUGACUUGUUAAACCUUGAUGCUCCAGUCCCUCUGACCAACGGUGGCCCCAGCCCCGAGUUGACGGACCCACUGGAUUUGUUCGGCUCUGUCUCCACCACCUCUGCCAAUCACGCCAAAACACCGCCAGCUUCAGUGUCCAUGCCUGUGAAACACCAAGUUGGCAGCUCUGUUCCAGAGAACCUCAGUCUCUUCCUGGACCCUGCCCCAAAACCUGAGGAGGUGCCUAGGAAGAUGUCCAAAGACUCCAUCCUGUCUCUCUACAGCACCGUCACACCACACACCAACAGCAUGCCUCCUCACGGUGGCAUGUACGUGGCCCCACCACAUUUGGGUUACGCCGCAGCCGGAUUUGGGCAGUACCAGCCCAUGGCCCAGGGCGGGAUGAUGGGAGCCAUGAUGGGGAUGCCCGUGGGCACGCUGGCACAGCCUGGCCUUCUGUGCCCGGCCGGGAUGCCGGCAGCGACGCCCUACGCGGCGGGGCUGCCAGGGGGCGGGAUGGGCAUCCCCGGCAGCAUGGUGGGAGGGCUGCCCUCUCUGCCCCAGCAGAUGUACGGGGUGCAGCCGGCCCAGCAACUCCAGUGGAACAUCACGCAGAUGACCCAGCACAUGGCCGGCAUGAACUUGUACGGUGCCAAUGGCAUGAUGGGAUACUCUCAGCCCAUGGGAGGAGGGGCAGUGCCCGGAUCGAGUCACAUGCUUGGGACACACGUGUGGAAAUGAUUGCGGCGGUCUGAAGGAACAGGGCUGGGGGUGGCUGGUCAAUGGACCGGACUUUCAGGGUGUUGCAUAAAUGAAGGUACACUUCUGGGCUUCGGGGGGGGGGGGGGACAGUCAACCAAUUUGCCCCCCCCCCCCUUCUUUUUCCUUUAUCUUUUACUCCCUUGCUAUUGUUUUUCAAGAUCUCCAUAUUUGCCUUCAAACGUCACCGAGCUCUCGGAGGUCCGAGAAUCAGGGUCCCGCUUGGCUCAGCAUUGCAAUGCCGGCCGGCAACGACCCGGCCGAGCCGAUAUUUCGUGGUUCUGAAAAAUUUGUGUUUUUUUUUUUUGAGGUUUUCCCCCACUUUGUCUCACUCCCCCUCACAGACUAUCCUCGCAGGCAGCAGAUCACCUUGCCUGUGCUGACAGUGUGGGGUCACUGCAGGCUGCAGGUAGCUGCCUGAACUCGCCAAGCUAAGACCUUGUCGCUCACCAGUUUACUUCAACUUUUCAGAAUUUUUUUUUUGUUAAAAGGUCUUGGUUCUGCCUGCGCCCUGGUAACUCGGGUGGAUGAUAGCCCGCUCGCUGUUGCCCCGCCAGUGCCCACGCAGCUUUUGUCCCAAUUGUUUGUUCCACAGACACGGCGGCUGCUUGAAUUAUAAACCGAUGGUAUUUCUAAAUUCCCAAAUUAGUCCUAACUUAACUUAGCUGUUUGUAAGACAUCCUAUGUUUGAGGGAUUUUAAGUUAAAGAAAUUUAUAUUCCUUUUGUCACAACUGGGGGGCCAAAAAAACAGAGCCAACUGGGCAACCAAAGAUAUGCGACGGCUUUUCUCAGUAGCCAGACGGGGUAACUGUAAUGUCACAUGACACCCCCCCCCCCCUCGCUUCCGAUUAGCCACUGAAUGCAGGUGGACACCCCCACACACACAGGCAAGGAGGCAGAUGACAUGAAUCGAUGCCGGACGCUGCUCUGUGAAUGUCCACACAGUGAUGUCAUAAUGAAUGUACGCUGCCAGGACAGAGAACGUGUCUUUAGAAAUGUAUCCAGCACUGUCAGCUCUGCUUAUUCGGUUAGUCGUCAUUGGCCGUGUUGAGCCUAUAGGAGGGCAGGCUGAGGGUCACAUGGGCUUCUCAUGUCCGCUGCCCGCAGGGAUCUGUAUCCUUCGGCUUAGUGUGACAGGAAGCUGUUUGCCCUCUGAAGUUGCAGUAGCGUGUGUGUGCAUGUGGGUGUGUGUGUUUGAGAGAGAGAGAGAGUCUGUGUGUGAGCGGUUUUGCAUGGAUAGCCCUUGGGUGGGUGGCAGAUUGUCCAUUGGGGGUAGCUAUUUGACAGAGAACAGUGCCCCCCCCCUGUCUCUGAGAGCUAUAUGAUCUUGGCUUUCUGAAUGUCUGCAGGAUUUUUGCAGGUUUGCUUUUUCUGUUACUUAUUGACUUCAGCAGAAAGCCUGACCUUUCGAGUAUGUUACCCCCGUGUUACCCCCGUGUUACCCCUGUCUGAGGCUGUCCUUCCUCUCCUGUUUGCUUUAUGUGUGCCACUGUGGGCAUACACACGCAUGGUAAACCUCUCCUUUUGCAAAUAGGAAGCCAUGUUGUAUAUCUAGGCGAAAUGUGAACGCACUGUGGGCAAGACAGAGGGUUCCUACAGUGAGGUGGGCCACUUUCUCUAGGGUACUCUGCUUAAUCAGCUUAAUCAGCCAGCACUCUCCACAGCACCGCUAGCUCCAUCCUGGGCAUUCUGUAUUUAGGUGCAGCAUACGGAAAAUCCUCUUCAUUUAAUGGCGUUUCAGUUCAGUGACAGUAGAUGGAGACUGCCCUCUGGUGGUGAAGAGAGGGAUUGCGUUCUAGUUACAUAGCUACUCUGUGGCUGUGGUAGGUUUUUCCAAUAAAGGUAUGCACCACUAUCUAGGAAUCUGGUUUGGGUAAGGGGGCAGUGUGGAAACUAUGCAAGCAUUUGGGAGCGUACACACACAUGCACAUCGGAGGUACAACGAAGCUUCCCAUAUACACACGCUCUCAGCAGACUCAUAGGGCCUGUACCAGCUAUGCUAUAACUUUUUUUUAAUUUAUAAUGCUCCUUUGUUUUUAUUAGCAGAAUAUUCCAUAUAGCUUGCCAUGGACUGCAGUAAUUUCUUAUGUUCUUCUGUUAAUAUUAUCUGGCAUUGUGUGAGGCAUGUUCUGUGCCGUGUGGCUCUCUGUCAUCACCCUGGCUUCCUGUAACAGAAACAGAGCCAGGCCACCUUCCCCAAGCCCCGCCCCCACCUUCCCCAAGCUCCGCCUCCGGCUUCCUUUUCAUUUUCCUUAGAACUAUAAUUAUUAUUGUCAUUGUUGUUGCUGUUGAAAUGCAUGAAGGUAAUUAUGUAAAUAAUUUGCUGUGUUCUUAUUGCGCCUCGUGCGCCGCACUUGACGUAGACGUGCCCAGAUGCACCAUCCCAGAGGUGGGGGGCCAUUGCCCUCAGCUCUACGUCACAGGUCCCCGGUUCAGCCUUUCUCUGUGUGACUCCCCAAUGUGCCAUCAGGGCAUUGCACACACACACACCCCAGUCUGGGUCCAAAGAAGCUUACUUACAGACCCCUCUGGGAUAUCACACCAAGGGAUGCAGGUAAACACCAUGUAAGUCCAGGUCGCCAUGGUUACAUAUAGCUGUACUUUAGGCAUCGAGAUAUGUUUGAGUUUUUUCUUAGCAAAAUAUCAGCACAGAAAAUGAAUGUAUGUGUUUUGUUAUUAUUUUGUGCUUUAAUUUUCAUACAUUUUCUCUCCUCUGUGUGUGUGUGUGUGUGUGUGUGUGUGUGUGUGUGUAUGUGUGUACGUGUGCACGUGUGCAGAUGUACGUUUUCGGUCUCAUGAUUUUUUUAAGCAUAAUUUAUUGGAGAUGCUGAAAUGUAAACGACUUUUGCAUCUCUGGGAUCCUUAAAAUAUGUUGAUGUAUAAACACAGAUUUGAAUAAUAUAAUAUACUUGUCAAUAUGUAAAAUCCAAAUAAAGAACAUUUUGGCAUUCAUUUUAGCACUGA